CCAACCUCUCUCUAAACAUCCCAGAAACAUUUCCUCCUCCUUCUCUCUUCAUUUCUCAACCCCAAAUCAUCAACUCAUCUUCAACCAUAACUAAUCACUUUCUCAUCCAAGAUUAAGUCAAGAUUAGCAUCAAAGCUCAAAGGAUUGUCAUCUAUCACAAGAGAGCCCACCCGCCAAAGCUUAUCAAAUGGACAGAUCUCCCAGAAACAAUAUUGCAAAAGCAGAUGUUAGACUACCUUCAAAUCCAUCUUCUGUAACACCUGAGUUUGAGGAUGUGCCAGUUAAGCCGCUCUCUGGGAGACCUUUCUGUGAUUUCAUCCUCUCAAAAAAGAGACCCAUAUCUCAAAUGGUUUUUCCACCUGAAAUGAACUCUGAGCUUCCUAAUGGAAGGGUCCCGGUAGUGAUCACAUAUGGAAAGAAUACUUGGAGGACUAUUCUGUGUGUAAACAGGAACAUAAAAAGCUUGGACUCUACCACAUGGAAAGACUUUUUGAAAGAUAAUAAAGUCAAAUAUGGAGAUGGGUUGAUUCUUGAGGUCAUGGAGAUCAACAAAGAUUUGAUCAAGCUUGAAGCUCAAAUACUCAGAGGUGACUUCCCUGCUGAACUUGACAUGCAGAUUUCUGGUAGUGCGCCAGAAAAUGAAAUCACCAUCGAGUAGCAUGUUUAGUUCUCUAGUAAUUAUAGGUUUUAUCAAGAGUCAAAAUCUCUUCGAGUGUUUCUAAUCUUUUGAACAAUAUGUGUCAUUGCCCGUUUGUUCAUACUAUGUCAGUAUAUCCAGUGGAGGACCUAGGGAGGGCCUAGGGGGACAAGUGCCCCCGCUUUUGGCCAAUAAUUUUACUACUAGUAUUUAGAGUAAAAUAAGUGUCCCGUUUCCGGCCAAGAAUUUCACUAUUAGUGUGCCCCUACUCUCACAAAUCUCUGGGUCCGCCACUGAGUAUAUCUUUGGACAUUCUUUGGUAGUAUCUAUGAAUGCUGCUGCAGCAACCAGGCCAGAGGCCAUGUAUUAAUCCCUUCCUCCAUCUCUUCUUUAUGUGUCUAGGUUAAACCAAAUUCAAUGAAAAGCUAUUCAAUGAGGGGCCUGGUUGAUACUUGAGGUACCCUAUCUUGAUGGGGAGAUGUGUAGUAUGAUACUCUUGUAAUUUCCAUGUGUAUGUUUGCAGUUUUAAUUAGUUUUGUAGUUUGUUAUCUUGGAAAUUACACACUUUUGAUGUAAUAUUUUAGUUUGUUAAAUAUUUUGUAAUUUGUUUAGACUA